AUGAUGACUAUGGUGUUUGCAGUGGAGGAAAUUAACCAUAAUUCAAGUCUGUUACCAGGUGUUAAACUAGGCUACCAUAUCAUGGACUGCUGUGACCAUAUCCCCACCGGCCUGCAGGCUCUUUUUUCAUUACUCAGACACUCUAAAACUGUUGACAGUAAUGUCGAAAAAUCAACGAAAGAGUCUUCCACAUGUCUGUAUUAUUCUCCGGUGCCUGCUGUGAUUGGUCUUGCAUCCUCUUCCCCUACAAGAGCUGUCGCUCACACACUUGGCCCUUUCAACAUACCACUGGUGAGUUAUUUUGCCACCUGUACCUGUCUUACUGAUAAGCAUUUGUACCCAUCAUUCUUAAGAACUGUGCCAAGUGAUCUCUUUCAAGUUAGAGGUCUCGUAAAGCUUGUCACAUUUUUAGGCUGGUUCUGGGUGGGCACAAUAGGAACUAUGGAUGACUACAGCCUUUAUGGCAUCCAAGCAUUCUCUAAUCAGUUUGGAAGGCAAGGUGGAUGUGUGGCUUUUCAUCUCACCAUCCCGACAUCACCCACAAUGGCUGAAAUACAAGAAAUGGCAGAUAAGCUGGAGAGUUCAACUGCUCGGGUUGUGGUGGUGUUUGCUACAGAAGGGCAGCUUCUAAAUCUGUUCUUAGAAGGAACACUGGGCUUCACUUUCCCCGGAGUCAGCAUCCCAGGCUUGAAAGAGUUUCUUUUGAAUGUCCGACCCUCUCCCAAUCCAGGAUUGGAAUUUGUCAAUAUGUUCUGGGAAGAACAUUUUGGUUGUAAGCUAGAUUUUCGUUACAACCCAGGUUUCCAAAACAAUUCUCUUUAUAUGGUCGGAUUUACUCCUGUAUGCACAGGGUCAGAGGAUUUGAGAAACACUGACAGCAGUUAUAGUGAUGUAUCUCAGGUUCGAAUAUCCUACAAUGUGUAUAAAGCUGUGUAUGCCAUUGCCCAUGCUCUGCACACUUUUUUGAACUGUGAUUCAGCAGGACCUAGCGGGGGAUUGUGUGAGAAACACAGCUCAUUUUCAAAUGGUCAGUUUCUUCAGUAUCUGAAUAUGGUCAAUUUCACCAACCAGUUUGAUGAUAAAGUAUACUUUGACUCCAAUGGAGAGCCAGUCCCCCUUUAUGACAUUAUUAACUGGCAGAAGGACAGCAAGGAUAAAAUCAGAUUUAUCAAAGUUGGAACAUAUGAUGCUUCAGCACCACAGAGAGAGCAGUUGCAAAUAAAAAAGAACACCAUUGUAUGGACAAAAGGACAGUUACAGGUUCCUGUAUCUCAGUGUAGUGCUCCAUGUCCCCCUGGCAGCAGGCAGGCCACACGCCAAGGAGAGCCCAAAUGCUGCUUUGAUUGUUUGCCCUGUGCAGAUGGAGAGAUCAGCAACCAGACUGGUUCCACUGAGUGCACAAAAUGCCAUGAGUACUUCUGGUCAGACAAAGAAAAAGUGAAAUGUGUUGCAGGGGAAGAAGAAUUCCUCUCUUUCUAUGACACCAUGGGAAUCAUCCUGGUUGCACUCACCCUGCUGGGAUUCUUACUGACCACCAUCAUCACCAUUGUCUUUCACAGUUUCCGCUUUACACCCAUCGUCAAGGCCAACAAUUCAGAAAUAAGUUUCUUGCUUCUCCUGUCACUCAAGCUCUGUUUCCUGUGUUCUCUGGUGUUCAUUGGUCAGCCAUCUUGGUGGACAUGUAGGCUCCGCCAGGCAGCAUUUGGGAUCAGCUUUGUCCUGUGUUUGUCCUGCCUCCUUGUUAAGACUAUUGUGGUCCUCCUGGCUUUCCGGACUAACGUACCUGGUUCCAGGGGUCGGAAGCUGUUUGGAACAUCUCAGCAGAGGAUUCUGAUCAUCUGUGCGACAGCUCCUCAGAUUUGUCUCUGUUCUGGAUGGGUGUUGGGAGCACCUCCCUUUCCAUUCAGGAACCCAAACUACCAAGCUUUAACUGGAAAAAUUGUUGUGGAGUGUAAAGAGCCAUGGCCUCCUGGAUUCUAUCUGCUCCUUGGUUACAUUGGCCUACUGGCCUUUGUCUGUCUUCUCCUGGCAUUCUUUGGACGAAAGCUACCGGACACGUUCAACGAAGCAAAGUUCAUCACCUUCAGCAUGCUGAUUUUCUGGGCUGUGUGGAUUUCUUUUAUUCCAGCUUAUGUCAGCUCUCCUGGGAAAUUUUCUGUGGCAGUGGAAAUAUUUGCCAUAUUAGCAUCCAGUUUUGGAUUGUUACUAUGUAUAUUUGUCCCCAAAUGUUACAUUAUUUUACUGCACCCUGAGAGAAAUAUUAAGAAAGGCAUGACUGGGAAAUAUCCAAGAUGA